AUGUGCAGAAGAGAUAGAGAUCAAGACGACGACAAGCAUGACCGUCAUCAUCGUCAUCAUAGAUAUCCAUGGGAUGAUGAAGACAAUCGUGACAAAGUCACUCAAAGUUUAGACAAAAUAGUUUCAGGAGUUGGUACAUUAGCUAACACCGUAUUCGAUGUUUCAUUAGAUGCAGGUAAAGAAUUCAAUGAACGUGCUAGAGAUUGGUCCAAUAGAAUUUUCCAUGAUGUUGAUAACACUAUUGAAGACACUAGAAGAAUUGAUCCAUUCGAGAAAUCAUCAAAUGAAUUUAAAUUUCCUUCAUUUUAUGAAACUAGAGAUGCAAUUCAGAAUACGGUUGCUUCUCAUCCUUUUUUGAAUGAUCUUUGGAGUCAAUUCCCUGGAAUGUCAGGAUUUAGUAAAGGAAAAACCCCAUUUGGUUAUUAUGCCUAUAAAGGGCCUGGUAUUCGUACUUAUAAUGAUUGUUUAGAAAAGAAUGGGAAAUCAAUUUGGGAUGAUAAAGGUUAUUGGAGAUGCUUAUUUCCUAAUAGUGAAGUUCCUGUUGAAAUGUUGAAUUAUAAGAAGGAACAUCUUUCUAAUGAUAUUUUAACCAAGGAAGAUUUUAUGAAUGCUAUGAAGGAUGCUUCAGUUCAACAAGGUCAACCAAUUGAUUUGAAAGAGAAAGGAACCUUUUUCAAUACAUUUGAAGAUUUCUUGAAUUGGAAGAAUAAUAAAUAUAAGGAAGCACAAGCUAAGAAACUUGAGCAACAAAAGAAAUGGCAAGAAGAAAGAAAACAACAACUUAUUUCCCAAAACAUUGAUCCUGCUACAAGAUUUGUCGUUUCUAGCAGUGUUAAAUCAAAUAUGUAUACUGAUUCAGAAACCAAUGAAACUAGAUUAGUCGAGGUUAGAGAAGAAUGUUUUGAUGAUGGUACUUGUACCACCACUAAGAUCACUAAACUGAAACCAUUUGGUUCUAGUGAAUGGGCUAAAGUUGAAGAAGAAUCUUCAAAUGAUAAGAGUAAAGGAUGGUUUUGGAAGUAA